GGUAUGGAAGGGCGCUGCCAAUGCGGUCAAAUCACCUUUGUGACACCGACAGACAAGCCUCAGGCGAUCUUCAUCUGCCAUUGCUUGGAGUGUAGGCAUCAGUCUUCUUCAGCCUAUGGCAUCAGUGCGAUAUUUCCAGCCUUCAACAUCGAGGCGCCGAAUCCGAGCGCUAUUGCAGUCUACAGUCGACCAAGCAGUACCGGAGAAACGAGAGGAACUUUUUGCACCACCUGCGGAAGUCGUUUGAUGCAUCAGCAUAUCUCCUUCGAAGGGACACUUAGUCCGAGGGUAGCAGUCAAAGCCGGUUGUCUCGAUGGCCUUACCAAGGAUAUGCUGCGAACGGCUAUGCAUAUCUGGACGAAGCGAGCUAUCACCAGCAUCCCCGAAUGCUCAGAAGCUUACGACGAGGAUCCGCCGCGCUCCUAA